GGCGGCUAUGGCUGCCGCUCGAGUCCUCAGGAGACUUCGCGCCCUGCAGCCGGUCGUGCAGGCGCCGCCGCUGUUUCUGCGCGCUUCGCAGGGGGCAGCCCGGAGCGGCGUCUGCCAUGGCCCCCGAGCUGCGCACACCGACACCGGCGAUAAAGAUGUGGGUUCUUUGACAAGAUACGAUGAGUCGAGUGUUACCACUGACUGGCAAAAGAAGUUGACUCCUGAGCAGUUUUAUGUCACCAGGGAAAAAGGAACUGAACUGCCAUUUAGUGGAAUCCAUCUGACUAACACAGAGCCUGGGAUGUACCACUGCAUAUGCUGCAAUGCUGCGCUGUUCAGCUCAGAAACGAAAUAUGAUUCUGGCACAGGGUGGCCAUCCUUUUCAGAAGCAUAUGGGACACAUGGCACAGAUGAAAGCAAUACUAAUAUCUUGAGACGUCCUGAUAAUUCACUAGGAACAAGCAGCACGGAAGUCAUCUGCAAACAGUGCGAUGCCCAUCUGGGCCAUGUGUUCGGUGAUGGUCCCGAGCCAUCUGGGCAGAGGUUCUGCAUCAACAGUGUUGCAUUAACAUUUAAACCAAGCUCCAAGCAGUGAGACUUUCCUUCUUUACAACCUGUGCAUUUGAUACCACUUUGAUGCUCUGAUCUCCUUUGCCGCAGAGGGCCACUUUGAAAAUGUAUCGGGAGCCAGGUGCCUGUGCCUAUUUUGUGUAUACAUAGUGAUGGUAAUUAAUGAGAAUGCAUGUGGGGGGAUGCCAAACCAUUGAUGUGAGAUGUGCUGCUCUUAUUCUGUGAUGGAAUAGGCUCAUCUAAGGUAGCCAGGCUAGUCUGGAGACCUGUGUGCCCUGCUUAUGUGGAUGCAGAGCUCUUCUGCAUGUAGGCAGUUCCAUUAAAUCCAGCACAGACAGCAUAUCUACACAUACAAAUUAAUGUACACGCUGCUUUUUUUAUUUAAAAAAUAGUUGAUUGCCUCGUUGUUAAUAGGUGAAGCAAUCAAUUACAGUGGAACCUCGGUUCUCGAACCUCUCCAUUCCUGAAUGUUUCAGCUCCCGAACGUCAAAAACCCGGAAGUAAGUGUUCCAGUUUUUGAACGUUCCUUGGAACCUGAACAUCUGAUGUGGCUUCCAAUCUGCAAAAAGCCUAGCUGUCAGCCAGUCGGAAGCCGCACCUCAGAAUUCGAACGUUUCAGAAAUUGAAUGUCCUUCCAGAAUGGAUUACAUUCAAUUUCCGAUGUUCCACUGUACAUGCAAAUCACAUUCACAGAUUUCUAAAAAGGAAAUACAGGAGCCUUGUACAUGCCUCUUAAGUAUAAUGUAAAUUAAAUUAUAAAUAUAAUUUUUAAAUGAUUGCUCAUUGUUGGAGAGAAAGGCCACAUUUUGUGUUACAUUGGUGCAACCGACUCAGUAUGCCAUUUCCAAGACAAGGAUUUGCUAAAGAGGACUCCCAAGACAUCUGAAGGAGUGAGUUUGCUCUAAUUCAUGUUGGUGCAGACUCCAUUUAUUUCUAGAGCUGCGUUUUCCAAAAACAAUUAUUUUAGUAGUUUACUAUGAGGCUUUCCUGUUCACAGCACAAACUAAAAUCCACCAGUAGAUUUUUAAGACCCAGAUGGGAAAGCAUAAGUAGCACUAUGUCAUCGGACAACACACCUUCCUACUUCUAAUUGCCGGAGUGAGGAACCACAUCAUUAAUGUGAAAAUUAAAAAGCAUAGGGGCCCAAAUCAUGAGAUGAAUUUAGAAAGCACGAUAUUUGAAACCAAUGAAGCUGUGGCACUAUUAGCACCUGUCUUCUGACAACUUCACCUUAGGAAAAUUCAAAUUAAAGGCUACAAGCUACUUCUCCCGCUGUUUCAUUGUUCUGCUGAAUGCUGGGGACUUUUUGAAAAAUAUAAAUGUAAAUGUUGAUAUAAAACAGCAGUUAUCCAUCUGGCAUGUUCUGCUGCUGCACCUUUUCUUUGUAGAUCUCUGGCAAUUUUGGGAACAAUUUUUAUUCCCUACUAGUCUGCAUUUUAGAUUUUAUUAAUGGGGGUUGGGAUGCAUUGCAAUUCAUAAAAUAGUAUGUCUUCAUUACUUUUUUUUUAUUUAUAAAAUUAUUCCCUCCUCCCUCAAAAGAAAUAAUGCAAAACAUAAAUGGAGUGUUUACUGCUUCCUGUUGUAAAUGCUGGAAUAAAAUGUUUUGUUCACGGUG